UAUAACGUGAAUUCGUCAGUAUAUUUACGUUAUAUUUUUAAAAUGAAACGGUAUAUUUUAGUAUAUUUCUGAGGACAUAAUUCUGCAAGGAGGACACCGCUUCCAAAAGGAUCCGUGCGAGCUGUCGCUGAAGGAGCGCAUGAAGCUUUUCGAGACCGCCAACAACAAGGCCAUAAUACCGAAGGCUCCAAUAGCAUCUGCAGCUAGCGUUAGUCAGAUCAGACCCGAGGAGUCGAAAGCCCAUGUUUCUGCUGUGCAUCCUGUCACAGCGGCUGCUGUCUCCUCUAAAGAGGCUGCUGAGAGCGCUGUGGCGGCUCAAAAGCCGAAGCCAGAGAAUAAGUUGUGCGCCAAGGUGGCUGCCCUUGUGUCCAAUGCGGAGAGCAUCAAGCAUAUUGAUCGGCAGCGUCAGGAAGACAUGAAAAUCAUCCCAAAUCGCUUCAAAAUGCACAAGGAAAUCUUUGCUCCGCAGGCAGUGGCACGGGCAACACCACCGCCAGCAUCAGUAACAGCGACAGUAUCCAAGGUGGUACGGCCCAUGCCUUCGCCAAUGUCUGGGCUCUCUCCGGCCCUUGCCCGCAGCAAGAGGCGCUCAGCUCCUAUUAUCGACGAGGAGGCGAAACGAAUUCAGAGCGCCAUUCCGCCCUCUCUGACCACGACUCUAGUGGGGAAAACUUCUGUGCUACGGUAACAGCCACAGUUACAGCCACCAGCAUGUGCAAUGGCAGCCUUGGUCGCGCAGUGCAGCGCAAUGAGGCGAAGUUGGAGGAGCAGCAGCAGAGUUCUGGUUGAAAAUCCUUGGAUCAGCGCAACUAAUCUCAUUGUCCUUUGCAGACUGUGCGCUAUGCCGAUCAGGAUUUCUACUACAACCAGGACAGUUCGCUUAACUCGUCGCAGGCCUCGGUCGGCAUUGAUGACUAUUUAGAUGAGGCUCUGGUCGACGACUAUGACAUCACUCAGAAUGAUGACAGCCAUGAUGACUUGGACAGCCACCUAUCGAGGGGCAGCAAAGAAAACCCGGCCCCAACGAGUUGCCUUACUAUUGCCGAUCAGGAGAUCAUGGACCGCAAAGACCUAUUCGACAAGCAGCGGCAGGAAAUAUUACUGGCGCCAGAGCAGGGGCAGCUCGAAAAAGAGCGCCAAAAGAUCAGGGCCAAAAAGGAUUAUCUUCAGCAAUUGACAUUUCAAUGCAUAGGAAAACCUCCCGAAGAAGAGAAAUCCUUAAUCCCUCUAAUCCCUAAGAGGACCUAUGAAGUACCAGCCGACAGCAGCAGCUCUAUUACAAGACAAGUAACCGGCCUAACCGGUCCCCAUGUCUAACAGACUAUUGUACGGCGGACUCAAUAAACAUGUAGCACAAAAAUUAAAUUCCUUGUAUUUUAUUUAUAUUUGUAAUUGGGAACAGUAAAAAAUA